GAACCUUGAGAAAGGAUGAGGGUGGGGCGCGGGAUCUCCGGGAGCCCCAGAUCCCUGGAGGGAGCGGGCAGUCGCUUAGGUGUGCUAUGCCGCUGCUGUCCCAUGAGCUUGCUGAGAUGGGUGUGCACUCACUCAGCUGGGGUGUGGACCUGGAAGUGCAUAUGCUACGUGUAUCCACAUGCUGUGCAGCGGGUGUCCCGCGCCUGUCUGAAAUGGAGCCAAAAUAUCAAGAUGAGUGGGGAUGUAGCAGAUUCCACGGACACUCGUAGCACCCUCAGCCAGGUGGAGCCAGGAAAUGAUCGGAAUGGCCUAGAUUUCAACAGACAGAUAAAAACAGAGGACCUCAGUGACUCCCUGCAGCAGACCCUAUCCCAUCGACCAUGCCACCUGAGCCAAGGACCUGCCAUGAUGUCCGGAAACCAAAUGUCUGGGGACAUGGCUUCUCUCCAUCCACUCCAACAGCUUGUGCUGGUCCCUGGUCAUCUGCAGUCAGUGUCCCAGUUCCUACUUUCUCAGACCCAAACUGGGCAGCAAGGUCUGCAGCCGAAUCUCCUCCCCUUUCCACAGCAACAAAGCAGCCUCCUCCUCCCACAGACAGGGCCUGGCCUGGCAUCCCAGGCAGUUGGGCGCCCUGGGCUGCCAGGAUCCUCUUUAGAACCCCACCUAGAAGCAUCACAGCAUCUCCCAGCACCUAAACAUCUACCUAGUUCUGGAGGGGCUGAUGAGCCCAGCGACCUGGAGGAGCUGGAGAAGUUUGCCAAGACCUUCAAGCAGAGACGCAUCAAGCUGGGCUUCACACAGGGAGAUGUAGGGUUGGCGAUGGGAAAGCUGUAUGGCAAUGACUUCAGCCAGACCACCAUCUCACGGUUCGAGGCCCUCAACCUGAGCUUUAAGAACAUGUGCAAGCUCAAGCCCCUGUUGGAGAAGUGGCUGAAUGAUGCAGAGUCGUCUCCGUCAGACCCCUCAGUGAGCACACCCAGCUCUUACCCUACCCUCAGUGAAGUGUUUGGCAGGAAGAGGAAGAAACGGACCAGCAUUGAGACCAACAUCCGCCUGACUCUGGAGAAGAGAUUUCAGGAUAACCCCAAACCCAGCUCAGAAGAGAUCUCCAUGAUUGCAGAGCAGCUGUCCAUGGAGAAGGAGGUGGUGAGGGUCUGGUUCUGCAACCGGCGCCAAAAGGAGAAACGAAUCAACUGUCCUGUGCCCACGCCUGUCAAAUCACCCAUCUACAAUUCCCGACUGGUCUCUCCCUCAGGGUCUCUGGGCCCCCUCUCAGUCCCUCCUAUCCAUAGCACCAUGCCUGGAACAGUAACGUCAUCCUGUUCCCCUGGGAACAACAGCAGGCCUUCGUCUCCUGGCUCAGGACUCCACACCAGCAGCCCCACUGCAUCUCAAAAUAACUCCAAAGCAACAAUGAACUCCUCCUCCAGUUUUAACUCCUCAGGAUCUUGGUACCGAUGGAAUCAUCCCACCUACCUCCACUGAGACCAAAAUGUUCCUCCCACUCCACCUGGCCCUGUAUCCCUCACCGAAAGGAAGGAAAAAGGGACUUGUGCCUUCCAUGUAUGGACAUGACUUUCAGAAGAGUGGAAGAAAAGCCCCAUUAUGAGUGAACCCACAAUCUUGACUUCUUCAGGAACAAGAGCCUCUGGAGAGCCAAACUGUGAUUGAACCUUGUGCUGACUCCAUAUGUUCUUGAAAUAUACAAUACACCCCUCCUGGGAGUUCAUCAUUUCUCCUGAGCUGGGAGACAGUCUCCAUACUGUUAUCUUCUAGCUCUAAAUAUUUUAAAUGGCUUCACUCUGGCAAUAGUCUUUCAGAGAAAGGACUUCUUGCCAUUAUUCUCUAACUCACCCAUGGGCUUCUAGGGACAGCAAUUUCCCUGGUGUGCUCUCCAACUCUGGAAUUGAUGUGAGCAAACAGAAAAGCACAGAACAGGGGCAGACCAAAGUGCCCAGAGUACAGAGCAAAGAAUUUCAAACCACUACAAUGGAGAUAAUGGCUUUGACUUUGAACUUAGCUACAGCCUAAACUGAUCUCAAAAAUCUGCAGAAAGAUUUGAAUCGGAUAUCUCCUCCAAAGCCAUGGUGAUUUCUUCAUUCAGCAGAAUUUUCCCACUGAAUCUCCUCUUACUCCCAUACUCUUUUUAAUCUUCCCUCUUUCCUAAAACCAAAUCCAUUCUUCUUCCAUCCUUCCACUCUGCUUCCAUCUUUACAGGUGGCUGAGCCAGCUCUGUACUCUGGGCACUUUGGUCUGCCCCUGUUCUGUGCUUUUCUGUUUGCUCACAUCAAUUCCAGAGUUGGAGAGCACUUGCUCUUUCUCUUUUUCCCUGUGUUUUUCCUUCUUCCAUCCUCUGUUUCUCCUGGCUGCAGAAAAGGAAGAACCCAUGAGCAAAUAUACAGCAAUGAUGCUGGUGACAUACUUGUACAUAGCCCUUUCCUUGUUUUACAUUAUGUUCUUUUCUUCUUAAUAUGGAAUUUUCCAGAGAAAUGUUUAACUCAGGUGUGAAUUUCAAAGACAUCUUUGUAAUAAUAUUUUAUCUUCUUAAAAAAAAAAAGGAAAAACUAACAAAGUACGAAAUAUUUAGAGAGUUUCCCAUGUGGAUUGGGACUCCUUGCUGAUUUUUUUGGGAAGAUUAUCUUUAGAGUCUCUUUCUUUAUGGGCCAGUGUAUAGAGCUGUAACACGAAGCCACCCAGAAAUGGUAAUUUUUUUAAAAGAUUCCAUAUACAGGAAAAUGUUGAGACUCAAAGAAAUGUCUCUGUUUCAAAAUAAAUUUGUAUAAUGAUGUACAAACUAU